AUGUAUUCACUUUAGAAAUUGCUGCCUAAUAAUAAAAUUCAAUUAAAACCUGGAGCAUUUUCAUAGCAUUAGAAAUUAAAUUAGAGUGUCGAUGGUGUAUUUCCAGUUAAUUAAAAAUCUACUUAGUUACUUUAGACCUAAAUAGUCAACAAAAAAGAACCUCAAAGAUAAAAUACUAAAAAAUAAGAAUUGAUUUAAAUCCUAGAGAAUGCUUAACUUAAUUAAAAGUAAACUAAAUCAGUUUCACCAAAUACAACUCCUCAAUAAUAAAAAAGUAACAGAAAAUUAAAUUUUAAUCAAAUUACAGAAUAAGAUGCACAUUUUCUUAAUUCAAGUAAUGCUAUGGCAAACAUGAUUAUUGAAAAUAUACUCAAUAAAGAUGUAUAUUAUGAGAGAAUUCGUUCAGAAAAUCAAGAUUUGAAAGAUUAAUCGUCAAAAUUGCAAUUAACUCUAAAUGAAUUAAAAAAAAAGUUUACUUUCUAGGAAUAAACAAAUAAAGAACUCAACUAAAAUCUCUAAGAUGAACGUCAAGUAUAUUAAAAUUAACUCCUUAAUAUAAAUGAAUAAAUUUAAUUGUUAAAACCAUUAAAAUCAAAUCUUUAAAUGGAACAGAAAAAAACCGAAUCUUUAACUAAAUAGUUAUAAGAUUAAAUUGCAAUAAAUAAUGGAUUAAAAUCUUUCAUUUGUGAAAAUUGUUUAGUUUGCAUUGAGUUCCUAUCAUUUUUUUAGAAAAUUGUUUAGCAUUUUCAACCCUCAUUAACGUUAGCAUAUGAUUCUCUAAUUUAGCUCUCAAAAAAUUCUACUGCAUUUAUUUUAGAAUUUAUUUCUAAAACAUAAAAUCUCAAUCUACCAGCACUAAGAAAUUGUGUAUUACCAGAAGAAUUUGAUGUUAAUGGAUUUUUUACAACAGUGGAAUCUUUAAAACUUAAUGAAUCUUUUGAAAUAUCCUUUGGAAAUAAAAUCAUUAAUGCAUAUGUAAAUUAAAGAUCAAAUAAUACUCUUUCGCUUCCUGAACCUCCAAAACCUAAUAGAAAUGUCUCAUUUCAAGAAUAAUUCAAUUAAUUUUUGGAUAUAAGUGAACCUUUUUUAGAAUCUUAAAUGGGUCGCCCAUAUUUAACAGAUCUAGAAAUGAUAGAAAAAUAAAGAGUAUUAAGUAAAGAGAAAUAUAGACAUUAAUUGCCUUUAUAAAUCAAUGCAGCUAAAAGAGUGAAUCAAGAUAUAGUUGACAACUCUUAUUAAUUUUAAUCAUUCAAAAACAAUGAUAAUUAAAUAAAUAUCAUGGAUUCUCUAAUGAAAGAUACAUCUUAAAAUUAAGAUCGUUGUUCCUCACUUCAUAAUGUUAUUUUGGAUUAAAAGGAAAAAGAUAAAUAAUCCAAAAGAAAUAAAGAAAAUUAAUAAUAAAUAUAUAAUUAAUAUGUAAUAGCAAAAUAUGAUUACAAAGCAUAAAAAGUAAAGAUUUUAAAUAAUUUUCGUAGGAUACAGAUUUAAGCUUUAAGAAAGGAGAUUAAAUUAAGUUGUUAAGGAGAACAACAAAUGGAUGGUGGUAUGGAGAAGACAAAAAUUAAAUCAAAGGAUACUUUCCACACAAUUUUAUUUUGUCAGUGUGA